AUGUCCACCUCUCACCUCCUCCGCCACCUCCACCUCCCCUCCAUCACACCCUUCACCCACGCGCAAACCCUCCAAUCCCUCCUCGUCUCCCAAUUCCUCACGCACAAAGCCGCCCUCUCCUCCUCUCCCCCAUCCCCCCUCCCCCCCGCACCCCUCCCCACGAUCCUCACCUUCAGCCCAACCCCCGUCUACACCACGGGGCGGCGCGAACUCGGCACACUCACCGCGUCCCAAACGGCCCUUUUACGCGCGCCGCUCCCCAACAGCGGCGCUUACCCCAUCGCCGAAGUCACCGAGACAUUACGCGGCGGGCAAACCACAUUCCACGGGCCGGGCCAACUGGUCAUCUACCCGAUCCUAGAUCUGAAAUCGGUGCGCAGCGCCACAUGGCCGCGCGGGCUCACGGCAAGGUGUUUUGUGAAUCUGCUGGAGCAGACGACGAUUGAUGUCCUGGGCGGGUUUGGCGUGAAGGGCAUCAGGACGGAGAAUCCGGGGGUCUGGAUUGAUGACUUGAAGAAGGUGGCGGCGCUGGGGGUGCAUCUUAGAAGAAAUGUUACGAGUUAUGGGGUGGGACUGAAUGUGUGUACGGAUUUGAGAUGGUUUGAUAGGAUUGUGGCGUGUGGGUUGGAGGGGAAGAAGACUACGAGUUUGAGGGAGGAGGGGGUGAAGGAGGGCUUGGAAUUGGGAGAGGUGGCAAGGUUGUGGGUACAGAGGUUUGUGGAGGGGUUGUGGGGAGAAGAAGGGAAGGUGGUGGAGAUUAAGGAGGAGGAUAUCACCGGGAAGGGAGCAGGAGAACUUCUUCCUAAGGAUAGGAGAACUUUAUAG